AUGGAGGCGGAUAGCCAACAGCCCUCUGGAGCCUCCAAAGUCGACCUCCAGAAUGAUCCAGGGUAAGUUUUUCGCUGCGAAAAGGCGAAUUUCAGCAAGAUGAUUCUUGUUUCGCUCGCAAGAAAUGAUGGUGUGACUAGACCUGUUAGCAAAUUUCUUGUGGGCAUAAAUUUUCAAAUGGCUUUUGUACGUUGUUCUCCCCUUCCUAACAGGAAGAUGUUCGUCGGAGGCUUGAGUUGGGAAACGACCGCAGGUAAAGUAUUUUGCUGUUUCAGUUUUAACAACAGUGCACGCUAGUGCUAUCGCUGAACAGAUCGUUCCCCUAAAUUCAGCAAUCGAGUCGUGUUUUUUUGCGGCCACAAAUGAACUGAGACGAGUCACGUUUGAAACAAUCGCUUGUGGUUAAUUCCGUAACGGUAUAAUUUUGCCGUCUGUUUUAGAGGGACUGCAGGCGUACUUUAGCAAGUAUGGGGACUUGAAGGAGUGCUUAGUCAUGAGGGAUCCAAACACCAAACAGUCAAGGUAAAUGACAAGACAGCUACCGACCGGGGCUUCUUAUUCUCCACCUUAGACGCCGAGCGCCAUCAUCUAUGUUUUGUAAAUGGCAUGUCUGAAAAAUAUGCAAUAUGCAACAUAAUAGAGGUAGCACUUUCUGUUUUUGUAUUCUUGUUCCAGGGGCUUUGGAUUUGUGACUUUCGAGGAUCCAGCCUCGGUAGACUCGGUACUUAAAGCAGGUCCACACGAUCUCGACCACAAAAAGGUUAGUAGCGAGAAUUUUGUCACUAUUUUCUAGCGCAGCGCUGCAUAGAAAUGGAUUCGAUCAAGAUUAAUUUUCACGCUUCAUCUGCACGCGUCUGGCGGUGCCUCUAAUGAUGUAGUCACAGAGAACGCUCCUACCAUCGAUUGCAUUAUUUUGGUAAGAUUCCAAAAUAAUUUUUAGAGUUCAGUGCAGAGGAUUUUCCCUGAACUAGGGGUGUUUUUUCGCUUAACGCAACUUUCGUGUCUAAGGGAAAUUUAAUUCACACGACGAAGCUAUUGUGAUGUUAAGAAGUGUACUCAUAGGCUACUGGCCGCUACUGAGAGAUAGCUUAACCAACUGCAGGCUGACACCUUGUACAUUUUUCUUAUCAUUCAAUGCAGAUAGAUCCUAAAAUUGCAGUACCUAAAAGACCUCAACCGAAGGUAAGAACUGCCUCAUUUGAUUGCGUUAAAUUUAGCGUGCAAGAGUGUUGAACAUCAUGUCGUGUUCUGCAGCUCGAUCAAAAGAUCAGGAAUUUGCAAAUUGCUUGCUUGACAACAACGCCAAAGCGACUUUCGAUUUGAACGAACCAGCCUAUUUUAAAAGAUGCCAUUCAAGUGUCGAGACCUCAAGUAACGUAUCAGGGCUUCACGCUGUUAAGGCGAGUAUUUUGAGUGUAAUUUGCAAAGCGUUAGCCAUUUCAAGGCCGCACCAAAAGAAAAUUUAGCAUCUUGUGCGAGUGAAGCGAGGUUCCAUUUCAAGCCAAAGGGGGCGAAGUCUUAAGGUCCGAAGACCCCAAUUCGAUCACAAUAUUUGACAUCUGCAGAGAUUCAAUGCUAGCGGUUCAAAACAACAUUGUUGGGUUAAUUGCUGCUCCAAGUUGUUUGUCUCGUCAGAACGCCCACUCUAAAACAAAUUCAACGAGCGAAGGAAGCAGCUACACACGCUAGCCUCCUAUGGAGCAAACGCUUAAGAGGUGAGCGGAAUAUCCGUGCAUACACGCGAUACUUUAGGGGUUUUCCCAAAACGACGUUUUCGACCAACAACUUUUUGUGUAAGGCCGAAUGUUUCUUGACUGACUUUUUCUCAGUAAAAUUGAAUAAUUAUAGGUUCUUCUACUUCAUUUUAAUAUGGGCGACAAAAGAACUGACUUGUAGCAGUACCGACACGCUCCCCUUAAGCAUAUAGUUUUGCUUACUUUGUACUGCCGGAUGACUAAACAAAGUCAUAAGCCUUGUAACGCUUUACCCUGAGCGUCUUAUGUAUAAACCAGAGUAUUUUAACAUACCAACAUACAGUAAACCGGUUUCGCAAUUUAUUUCAUGUUAAACAAACAACUUUUAGCGGCUGUGCCUUGUCUAUGAUUAUUCCGUACCGUCGCUCGCUUCCGCGAGAGACGGGUGUACUUGUCUCGGGUCAAAACAAGCAACUUUAAAAGUGUUUUCUUUUUGUAUCGCUUCAGAGGAUACUAUAAAUUAUUGCUUCCUGCCAAACCACGUCUUCAGCGCCUACACUGCAGGUUGAAGAGGUGAAAUUCACUAGAAAACACACUUUAAGGUCUUGCCACCCGAAGUUUCGUCUACGACUGAAUUUUCCUGUCCCUUUUUUUAUUUUAAUUGCGAGAAAUCAUUUUUAAACUUCGGUUAUCCGUAUUUGAUAACGUAUCGCCGCAAUUCUGGUUUUGUUUUUACCCCGGGAAUUGAAAUAAUAUUGCUCCAGUCGUAUGAAAGCGAUCAUCAGUCGAGAUGUGACCCCGGUGUCACACAAGGGUAGACGGGCAAGUUUCUAUUACAGCGUAGAAUCUCGCGUCCGUUUAACCCUCCAAAAGCGAUAGAAAAGCAAGUUGAUCAUUUUGUGACCCAAAUUCAAUGACUGCUUUGCUUUUGCCGUGCCUUCGACAGUCCUUUUCACACCUGUUUGAGGCGAAAGUUAACAGAAUUUACAUCUACGCCCAACUUCCUGACUGUGAAACGUACAUUGUACCCAACAAGGAAGUAUCGAUUUCUGAGCGAAAGUGAACCCCGUGGGCCCGCGGAUCAAGAGAGCUAGAAAGCUGCAAAUUACUUGGAAAGUCUUUUUCAUUAGUAUUCUGCUGUAGCCGUCAAUUUAAAAAACAACUGCAGGAUGAAUAUUCAUAAUUAGUCACGAGACAUAUUGGAAUGCUCUGUUUUUUAUAUGUAUACCAUACAUUUGUAUAAAAUCUUAGCAAUAGAUGUCGGAGUUUUAUAAAGGUAGAAUUUUACUACAGUUUGAGACAGACCGGGAGGAAGAUUCUGUAGGCAAGGUUCAAGGAAGAUUUGGAUCUUUUGUAUCCCUAAUAAAUUUUGGCUUAUGCAAUAUCAUAACUAAAGGAGAAAGCGUUACAAAGAGAAUGGCUCUCUCUUUUCUCGACUGCAGUCGAGUUAUUUACGAGAUCAGGAGGGAAUUAAACCUUAUUUCAACGUCACUGUUUUUAUAUUAGAAGGCAGGUGAAUAAAUGCCUUAUUAAUAGAAUACUUGUAAAACAAAUUGCUAGCAGGGUUAUAAACACAAAAACAGUAGAUUCCGUUUGCAUCAGAAAUACAGUAAUUUCACUAGUUUCAGUUCUGAAGCAGUUCUUAUGCAGACACUUAAACAGUUCACGUUUGAUCAACAGCUGUAUGACACGUUCCUAGGUAAAAUAAAAGACAUUUCUUAUCUCAUAUUUUAUUAAUAAGUCUAGAAUAAUGGGCCACUGUCACUGUGCAAGAUUGACAAUUCCAAAACGACCAAGAAUGAAUGUCUCUUUGACAAGCAGCAGCUAUGAAGAGGAGCUUUAACUCGAGAAAACUGCCUUUAAAAUCAAUAUUCUAUACAUUUCUUUGAUGUGUUUAAGGAGUUUUCAGGCACUUGUAAACAGUACUGUGUAGUUGUACACUGAAAUAAUUUUGCUGUGUGCAUCAGACCUCUAAAUCAAAACAAGCUUAUUUUUAUACCUCAACAUUUUUAUGGUCUUGAGGUUUGUAAGUCUAACUUUAAAUAGUGUGAGAACAUUGGUGAAUAAUACCAUAAAAGUUUCUGUGAUGUUUUACCCAUUUAAAAAUUCAUUAUCAACAUGUAAAUACAGAAGUCAACUUUGGACUGGCGACUUUGCCCUUCUAAAAAGGGACAUAUCAUAACUAAAAAUAGAUCGAUAAAUUUCAAGACAAUUUAAAAACAUCACAUGUCUCUCACGAGGAAGCAUUUCUAAGAAAAGUAGCAAUCAUUUUUUAACUUCUUAUAAUUCUGCACGGAUCAUUUUCUCUGUUGUAGUGUUCAUGUAGAUUCAUUUGGUAAAAAUAUUUUGGCCAACAUUAACUGUAAGUAAGUUACUGGAACCCGGGAUUUGUUUCAGCUUUAUUCUCAAGAUUAGAAUCAAACACAUUUUAAAUACUGAAUACAAAUUUCAGCCAUUGGUUAACUUCUUGUUAUACAGGCUAUUUUGUUCAGGGUCUAGUAUUUUAGCAGCCUGCGCUCCAAACAGUUGCCACUGGGCUUGUCCAAAGGGGAUUACACUCACACAACUUCUGUCAUUCCAGGUCUUAAUUCUCUACAUACUGCAGUUACUAAGAAAUAUUAAACAACAGUUUUGAAUAAUAAUGUGCCACUAUUAUUGGAUGAAAUUUGCCAUGAAUUAUUCACAAAUUUGUCAUAUUAUUGUGCAACAUAAAUUCUUUGUUUAAAAAUAUAUAUCCAAUAUCCAAAUUUCAAUACAUGCAAUUUUUAUUGAAAAUCUGUCAACUGUUUAAGUUCUGCAUAAAAUAUAAAAUAUAAAUAUCACAAAGGGGAAUACAAACUAAUGCAGACAUGAAGAAAUACAUGUUGUUCUUAGCUUACAAGAGUGAAUAACAUCAAUCACACUAAUAGUUAUUAUUAUUAUUAUUAUUAUUAUCAGUAUUAUUAUCACUGUUAUUAUUAUUAUUAUUAUUAUUAUUAUUAAAGGAAGCGUUCCUUUGGGAUGAUCCAGAUCAGGAUCAGUGAUCUGUGAUCACUCGGAUCAUGGUAGAUCAAAUGAACCGACGAAUCCACUCUGGACAAGGAUUUAUAGGUUCAUUUGAUCCAUUAGAGCAACAUAUUACAUCUUUUGUAGUAGAAAUAGGAAUUGGGAUAGCCCCGACUGAAUGCAAUUUUAAUUUUCUUUUCUUUUCUUUCCUUUUUCUUCAUUUUUGAAUAAUUCAAUCUCAAGCAGCAUUUGUAAAUUGCCUAUACGUAGCGAGAUUUACAAUAUUAUACAUUCAAAAACACAAAGAAAGUUUCCAAGGGAGCGAGUCAAAACAAAGGAGUAGGGGUUCCCUGCAGAUACUCUACUGGCACUCAGAAGUCAAGCACCCUCCUCAGGAACCUGGCCGUUCCUAAUAGCGUAGUUUUCUGUAACAGUCCAAUAAUUCCCCAGUUAUUCCAUCAACUGUCCAAGUUUCUUAGUAACACUUCCAAGGGCCCCUACAAUAACAGCUACCAUGUCCAUGUUUUCAUCAUCAUCAUCAUCAUCAUUAUCACCAUCAUCUUUAUUAUUAUUAUCUUCUCCUAUGUUGAUUAGGAAUAGGUCCAAGAAACAUUCAUAGCUUCUUAAGAAUACAUUUUUAUAAAAAGAUUCAGUUUUUUGAUGUAACUCCUUUUGUAGAUUAUUUAUAUUUCUUGUCUUAUUUUCUUCCAUUCACUAGUUUUUCUCCAUUUUACAUAGCUUUCUGUAACAUUAGAUACAGUAUAUCUGUCUUUAUUUAGUAAUCAAUAAAGAGUUCAUUAUUAUUAAUUAUUAUUAUUUAAAAAAACUUAUUAUUAUUAUUAUUAUUGUUAUUAUUAUUAUUAACUGACCUCCGAAGUGCUUAUGACUGGUGUAACUCCUGGCUUGUUACUCUGAAGUCUGAAAAGUCCAAGGUCGUACACCUAUCGAGAUCCAAGGAUCCAUAUCAUCAUGAGUACUGGUUGUCUGACAAACCCUUAUCAGCAGUAGAUCACCACAAGCACCUUGGUGUCUGGCUGAAGCUUUCCCUGUCUUGGGAUUACCAUAUAAACUAUAUCUGUGCUAAAGUUAAUAACGUUCUAAGUUUGAUAAGGCGAACCUUUGGUCCAAACAAUUCUGAAGCAGUCUCGACAGCAUAUAAGACCUUAGUGUGUCCAAUUUUGGAAUAUGGUUGUCAGGUCUGGAAUCCGUAUUUAGUGAAGCACAUCAAAAAGUAUAGAGUCAAUACAGAGGCGAGCCACUCGAGUUAUUUGCGGAUCAGAGAAAGAAUAUCAGGGAGACUUGGGGUUCUGAAAUGGCCUUCACUUGACAUAGAUCCUCAUAUGUUUUUUUAUUUUAAUGUUUUAGCGAAAAUGCAUAGGAACCAUAAUUUUAAGAUAAGACCUAAGAAGACACGUACACAUUAUUUUAAAUUUUCAUUUUUCAAUCGCUAUAUAACAGACUGGAAGAGUACUCCAUCGAUCAUUAUGCACGCACCUUCAUUAAGCAGUUUUAACUCCUAUCUAUUGGAUCAUUUGUGUCAAUUUUAAAUCAGGUGUAACUCGGUAGUGACAAGUAUGUAAUUUAAUUAGGUUAGUUUUGGGCAGUAUUUUAAUUUAACUUCUUAAUUUUAGUGUCAAUUUUAGUAUGCAAUUUAAUUAGGUUAGCUUUGGGCCGCAUUUAAUUUUUACUUCUUAAUUUUUAGUAUGUUUAAUAUUGGAGAAUAUUCUUUGUAUGGGAAUUUAGUUUCACCCAUUAUUCUCCAGUCAUGCACUUCUUGUAUUUUUUGUAAUAUUAUUUACUUACUUGUGUUAGCAUGACAAAGUAUUAUUAAACUUAAACUUAAACUAGUAAACUGCUCACCAUGCUAAUGCCCCUAAGCACCUCUCGACAAGAAGAGAGACCAUGAUGAUGCUUGUAAUGUUGACAAGACGCCAUUACUUCGAGCUGCGAUUGUCACCCCCUUCUGAUCAGCUGAGCUCAGAGAUCAAAUAACAAGACGAAACCAAUCCCUGAAAUAGAAAUCCACUUUAAGUGAGAGUGCCUACAUAACCUUUUUAAAACUUUAUUUUUUUGCAGAUGGUAACAAGAACAAAAAAGAUUUUUGUUGGUGGUGUAUCUGCUUCAACCACAGAAGACGAUUUGACAAACUAUUUUAAAAAAUUUGGCACCGUAAGUACUAGAUGCAAAGAAAAAGCAACAAUAUUUGAAAACAAUACUUUAAAAGACUUGUUUGUUGUGAUAAGAUUCUUUCUAAAUGAAGCUGUACUCUCAUAGCAUCCAAUGGCUCCUAGAAACCCUCUUUUGCCUCUGGGCUCCAAGGACAUCAUAGUUUUGGCCCAAAAUGUCAGUGCUGGAGACUGUGAGUACCGUAUGAACUCGAAUAGACACCGCGGCUUUUAUUUCAUUUUUCACGAUCCAGCUGCGGCGUUUAUUCGAGGGCGGAGUCUAUUCGGGGGCGGCGUUUAUUCAAACUUUACAGCAUCACUUUAUUCGGUACUAAAUAUCGUUAUUUUUUUUUUUUAAUUUUUACUGUAAUUUUUAAUGAUGUACUAGUGAGCAGCACACCGGGGCAACGAAAAUUUUCGUGCCCUGGGCGAGCAUGGUUUCUUCUUCUUCAAAGUGUAAAUGUUCACUGGAAGUGUAAGUAUGCUGCUCACUAGUACAUCAUUAAAAAUUAAAAAAUUAUUUCUUCAAAUAAACGCCGCACCGUAGAUGCAGCGUCUAUUCGGGGGCAGCGUCUAUUAAUAUUUUGAGUCUCAAGUGCGGCGUCUAUUCGAGUAAAUACGGUAUCAUAUGGUCAAAGUUUGGGACCUCUUACAGAACCAAAGAGUGUGGCUUUCAGAUGGUACAUACACAUUAACUCUGACACGUUUUUGCAUACAUGUUACGAUUCAAAUCUCAGGCUAAGAUUUUUGGCCACAUUACUAACUUGUCUUAAGUUACAGUGCUAGACAGGGCCUUCUAAUACACUUGAUUUUGUCCCUUUAAGUAACCCUUGACUGGAAAGAUGGCACAAAACGGAUCUAAAAUCCUGGUCAAAACGUUUGGGACACUUUGUCUUUUGUGUCAGGAAAAUGCAAUUCGAGUUAACCUUCCUCCUCCCUGGACAGUGUUGAUGGAACAAGUCAAACACCUUUUACAUAUCUUGCACAUGUUAUGGACCUCCAGGAUUGCAGCUCUUUCAUAUAGAGCAAUUUUCAUAUGACCUUGAAAUGAAAACAGACAAACAAAACAGAAAAAACAAACAAAUGGAAAAGGAGCAAUUUGAUUGGUUUAUCGAAAGGAUACAAACGCACAUGGCUUUUGUUUCGUCAAGUGAACAUUCAGGUGAAAAAAUUCCACGCUCGAGAACUUUCUAGAAAUCAACCAAUACUUCGCUUUGACAUCAAACUGCAACAUGAUUGGCCAAUUUAACAAUCCCUUCUCCAUAUAAGGGUUUCCUUUGGCGGGAAAACAAAGAGGCUGUGUUUUGAUCUUUUCAUCCACUUGCUGAUCAAACAAAUAACAAACACUUACUGAAACCUUUUUUCAAGGUCAUACAAAAAUCACUCUAACUGUGUGCACUGCCCACCUUGCAUGUAAGAUUUCUAUCUAAAUAAUCAUGGAAAUUUCCAAUGAAUGACUGACAUGUACUUUAAGAGUUUCUGAAACUUUCUUGACAUCCAUAUAAAGUAGUUCUGUAACAAAUUCCAGUAUCUUUAAUUAAUCUUUAUUCUUUUGCCCUAGGUAACAGAAUCCAAGCUAAUGUUUGACAAAGUUACUAACAGACAUAGAGGUAUCAGGUUUUUUGGUUUGUUCAAAUACUCAUAACAUGUUUUAAAUCAGAUAGCUGUGAAUAAUUAUUUACUGGAAAGGAGAAUACACAAAAUAUGUUGGCAGGGGCUAUUCCCCAGCUAUUAGAAAUGUGAGCCCAGUGGCUACUUUGGUUGAAACAGGAGACAUCUGCAGUGCUACUCUCAAGGGGGGAGGGGGGGAGUGGGGAGGAGGGAAGUCAGCAAAGGUUUAUACAGGGAGGCCCUGCCCGAGGUCCAACCCCUUACCCCCAAGAACUUUUCCUCGACUUUCUCACACCCAUCAAAUGCACCUCUUAGCCCUUUUCGGCCUUUUUACAGACUAAAAUGACAUAUUUCCCUACCCUUUCAUAUACCUGAAGCCUGAAAACAGUACCCCUUUCAGGCAGAGCCUCCCUUAUAGGGAUUACCCCCCUCCCCACACAAGGUUUCCACUUUGACCAACAGAUGUACAAUUUUAGGAUAUUUGCUUGGGACAAGAAGCGAGAAGUUCAAACAAAACUCUUAUUCAGAAUAACAGAAUUUCUGUUGCUAGGACAAAGUGCAUUAAAUGCUUCUGAUGAAAAUAACAUAUUUGUGUGGCAUCCCCUUAUGAUAUGUAUUGUUAGGGUGUCAAGCGCUUUAGCGGUCCAAAAAUAUAGUAAUAUAGGACUUAGCAACCUGAAAAUAUAGGACAAACCCAACAAAACUGCAAAGAAAUAGGACUAAUCCAGUAGUAACUUACAGGCCCAACACCAGCUUCUUUAUUGACUAGUUAUUUUAAUAUGUUGCCAAAAUUGUAGGGCCAACAAAAGAAAGACUCUUUUUCAGUUUCAAAGAUAUCUUUCAAAAUUGCUAGCAGGGUUAUAAACACAAAAACAGUAGAUUCCGUUUGCAUCAGAAAUACAGUAAUUUCACUAGUUUCAGUUCUGAAGCAGUUCUUAUGCAGACACUUAAACAGUUCACGUUUGAUCAACAGCUGCAUGACACGUUCCUAGGUAAAAUAAAAGACAUUUUUUAUCUCAUAUUUCAUUAAUAAGUCUAGAAUAAUGGGCCACUGUCACUGUGCAAGAAUGACAAUUUCAAAACGACCAAGAAUGAAUGUCUCUUUGACAAGCAGCAGCUAUGAAGUGGAGCUUUAACUCGAGAAAACUGCCUUUAAAAUCAAUAUUCUAUACGUUUCUGUGAUGUGUUUAAGGAGUUUUCAGGCACUUGUAAACAGUACUGUGUAGUUGUACACUGAAAUAAUUUUGCUGUGUGCAUCAGACCUCUAAAUCACAACAAGCUUAUUUUUACACCUCAACAUUUUUAUGGUCUUGAGGUUUGUAAGUCUAACUUUGAAUAGUGUGAGAAGAUUGGUGAAUAAUACCAUAAAAGUUCCUGUGAUGUUUUACCCAUUUAAAAAUUCAUUUAUCAACAUGUAAAUACAGAAGUCAACUUUGGACUGGCGACUUUGCCCUUCUAAAAAGGGACAGGUCAUGACUAAAAAUAGACUGAUAAAUUUCAAGGCAAUUUAAAAACAUCACAUGUCUCUCACGAGGAAGCAUUUCU